GCAAUGGCUCAUCUGAAGCUCCUUCUUCUUCUCCUGUGGGUUGGCAUCACAGUGAGCAUGGGGAUAGAUUUGCACAAGAGAAUCUAUGGGGGUCAAAAUUGUCCAAAAGGAGACCAUCUGUAUUAUGUGAAAGUAACUGCAGAAAAUAAAACACAUGAAACUUACUGUGGCGGCUCACUGAUCCAUCCACAGUGGGUUCUGACUGCAGCUCACUGCUGGAAACGAGGAUGGGAUAUGUAUGCAUUUUUAGGAAUUCAUCCACGGCCACUAUUUGGAAUUCGUCUACUUCCAAGUCAGAGACAAAAGGUGAAAGUCACAUCUGAAGUGUUCUAUCAGGACAACACUGGACGUCACGACAUCAUGCUACUGAAACUCCCUGCCCCAGCUAACAUUCAGCCUGUUGCUUUACCUGACUGCUUAAAUCCUCCCAAACUAGGAGAUGUCGUUCAGGUCGCAGGCCUUGGUCACUAUAGGGUAGAUAAAUAUGGGAAUACACUCACUGGUGAACCAUCUGAUCUUCAGUGUGCAAACAUGCGUGUUGUUGACUGUUUGGUUACCUUAAAAGCUGUAUAUGGUUCACAUGUGCCAUAUGGCAACAGGAUGUGUCUGAAAGAACCUCAAGCAGAUAUAUGUGAGGGUGAUUCUGGUGGUGGAGUGUUCUACAAUAACAUGAUUUAUGGUCUACACAGUGGUGCUGGUAUAAAUGUCUGUACUGAACCAACUAUUUCUGUGAAUGUCUGUUCUUACCUUAACUGGAUAAUUCAAAACAUUGCACUAAAUAGUGGAAAUUAA